AUGGCCGCCGUCUACGAAUGGGCCGACAGCUACGACAGCAAAGACUGGGACCGCCUCUCCAAAUGCAUCGCCCCAACCCUCCGCAUCGACUACCGCAGCUUCCUCAACAAGCUCUGGGAAGCCAUGCCCGCCGACGAGUUCAUCAAGAUGGCCUCGGACCCGCACGUCCUCGGCGACCCAACCCUCAAGACCCAGCACUUCAUCGGCGGCACCAAGUGGGAAAAAGUCAGCGACGACGAAAUCAUCGGCUACCACCAGCUGCGCGUGCCCCACCAAAAGUACACCGACGCCACCAUGACCAAGGUCGCCGUCAAGGGCCACGCGCACAGCUUCAACCUGCACUGGUACAAGAAGGUCAACGGCGUGUGGAAGUUUGCGGGCCUGAACCCGGACAUCAGAUGGUUCGAGUACGACUUCGACAAGGUCUUUGCGAGCGGCCGUGACAACUUUGGCGCCGAGGCCGAGACGGCCGCCCAGGCUUCCGGCAUUCCUCCGAGCGCUUAG